AGUUGGCGAUUGCAGACGUACCAGAAAGCAUCUUUAGUUCACCGCCGAAAAUUAUUGACGGGUAGAAGGUGCCAGAAGAUUACUAACAGUUUGGUUUCUAUUUGUUGCUGAAUAUUUUUUACAAUUUUGUGCAUUUUUGGAUAACGGUGCAGGUGGAAUCGAUUAAACGCGCUCUCUUCUUUUGCUCUCAAACACGCGGGUGAUGCGAGAGAAUUCUGCGGAAAACGCUCUCUUUGGCUAGCCGUCAAGAAUUUUCUUUCGAAUCGAUCUCUUUUCCACAAAGUUUUGCGAAGUGUAGACGGGCCGAAGCGAGGCUCCGCGAGUGCUUAUAAAUUAUAAAAGUUAAAUAAGACAUUAAGAAAAGUCCACUCCAAAGUGCGUUCAGCUGCAAGUGUUGCAUGAUUUAAAAUAAACUUUAUUCUACUUAGAUCGUGUUUUUCUGUCUGUGCAAUUGAGCUAUCGAAAGUCGGUAAACACCGCUGUGUAUCAACCCAUUCCGUGCAACUAAAGUCCCGUAAAGUGCUCGUGAGCCAGUAACGAAAAAGGCGAAGAAAUUCUGGUGCAGUUUUUAUAGAAGAAAAAAGUUAAAGGCAAAGUAUUAGAUUAUAUCGACAAAAUGCCGCAGACAAAAGCGACAAACGGAUUCACUAGCAGCAAUGGUCACAAUGGCUACGAGAUGGAGGACGGUUGCUCGUUCCUGUUCACUUCAGAAUCUGUGGGAGAAGGACAUCCGGACAAGAUGUGCGACCAGAUCAGCGACGCUAUUCUUGAUGCACAUUUGAAGCAGGAUCCAAACGCAAAAGUAGCAUGUGAGACUAUCUCAAAAACCGGAAUGAUUUUGCUGUGCGGAGAGAUUACUUCAAAGGCCGUCGUUGACUAUCAGAAGGUGGUGCGCGAAACCGUGAAACACAUUGGAUACGAUGACUCCUCCAAAGGCUUCGAUUGGCGCACGUUGAAUUUGUUGAUCGCGAUAGAGCAGCAGUCCCCAAAUAUCGCCCAGGGAGUACACAUUGAUCGCGACGAGGACGAUGUAGGAGCCGGUGAUCAGGGACUGAUGUUCGGUUAUGCUACCGACGAAACGGAGGAAUGUAUGCCCCUGACCGUGGUGCUGGCACAUCGGUUGAAUGAAAAAAUCGCCGAAUUGCGCCGCAGCGGGGACUUCUGGUGGGCCCGACCGGACUCGAAGACCCAGGUUACGGCGGAGUACAUAUUCGAAUCGGGUGCGUGUAUUCCGCAGCGGGUGCACACCAUUGUCGUUUCACUGCAACACUCGGACAAGAUCACCCUGGAGGAUCUACGCAGUAACAUCAUGAACAAAGUAAUCCGCGAGGUCAUUCCGGCCAAGUAUCUGGAUUCGAACACGAUCUUCCACAUUAAUCCGUGCGGAUUGUUCAUUAUCGGUGGACCGCAGGGUGACGCUGGCCUAACAGGUCGAAAGAUCAUCGUUGACACUUAUGGCGGUUGGGGAGCGCAUGGUGGCGGAGCAUUUUCCGGAAAGGAUUUCACCAAAGUUGACCGUUCGGCAGCAUACGCUGCCCGUUGGGUGGCCAAAUCGCUGGUCAAGGCAGGAAUCUGUCGGCGUUGCUUAGUACAGGUAGCAUACGCUAUCGGUCUUGCGGAGCCACUUUCGAUCACAGUUUUUGACUAUGGAACUUCCACAUAUAGUCAGAAGGAGCUGCUGAGCAUCGUUAAGAAGAACUUCGACUUGCGUCCCGGAAAAAUCGUCAAGGAUCUUAAUCUGAGGACACCUUUCUAUCAGCGUACUAGCACAUACGGCCAUUUUGGACGCGAUGGUUUUCCCUGGGAGGAACCAAAAGAGCUCCUGCUGCUUGAUUGAUUGCCUACCGAAUACGCAAGCGUCGCUGGCAAUGACAGCGACGAUGAGGUCGCACCGACCGCGUCUAAGAGAGCCAAGUUUACUGUUCAACAAGCAUAACCGGAAAUAGUGUUUUAGUUUGAUCUUACUUCCGUUUUUACGUGUAAGUGUGUUUAAGUUCCCGUGACAGCAGUGUGAUGUUCAUUCAGUGGUAGAAUCUGUUGCUCCUGUACCGCAACCCACAUCGUGUCAUAUCAGUAAUUCCGAAAAUAGUUUAUAUUUUCCCGCGUUUUCUACGUCUAAGAUUGUGAAUUACUCAAGUUCCUUUGUGUUUAAUUGAUGCACGAAGUUCAUAUCAGGCUCAGUUACCUUCCAGUUUAUUACCAUGAAAGAAGCUCAAGUUUUUUUUUUAUUAAAAUUAUUCAUUGAGUAGCAUGCAUCAGAACCCUAAAAGUAAAAGUUUGAAGCAAAACCAUAUUCGAUAGUUAAAAAUUGUAAAUGAAUUUCUUCGCACUUGCUAGCUUACUUAUUUCGUUAGACCCAGUUCUACAUUGAGAUGAGAAAAACCAUUACAAAAAUGCUUCUACUAUUAGUUUAUACGCUUAAGCUCCAUUUGAAAUCGAGUAAAAUAGUAAAGAUAAUCGUAAUUCUUGAAAAAACAGUGACAUAGUGUUAACAAAAGUACAGAGCAAAAAUUAAAAAAAAAAUAAAAUGUAAAAAAACUAGUAAAAAAACACAUCCAGUUCGUGGGUGUGUGUGUGCAAUAUGCAUAGAGAAAAAAAGGACUCGUGAAACUUUGUCAAGGCUAGACCAUUCCGUUGGCCACAGUAGGAACCCCAUCAAGUGCGUUUCCAGCAUGCCAUCUAUGGGAAUGCUGCCUGCUGCAAAUUCGUUGUAUGACGUGAAAAAAAUCAGUUCAAAUGUUUUAUAGUGAUAAAUAUUUAAAAGUAUAUGAAACAAGAAGAAUACAGGCAAAGAAGUAGUUGAGAGAUGGAAUCAAAUAUGUAAGAUAUAAAACUUUUGCAAGUUGAAACUUCGUUGAAUUUGGAUUAUGCAUUCCGUUUGUACAUUUCCUUUCAUAUAACACUACGAGUAAAGAACGACUCGAUAAACAUCAUCGGGAUCACGUGUUUAGCGUACUAAACCAGCAUUUAGGACGGUAAUACCCUCACAUUAUGAAUCGAAUGGUGCUUUUUGGAAAUGUUAUGACGUGACACAAACCGACUGACGGACUGAGCGACAGCUACUCAGGACCUUAAUUCAGAAACAAUUAAAAAAAUUUUAGCAAUCAACUGCCAGUUUUUAUCAUUUUGAAUGUUAUAGUAGUUACUAGUGAAGACAAGAGGACAAACGGCUAAACACGUUGGUUCUUCGUAGCCAACCACACCGAAACUGAAUCUCCACCGUUUGUAGGCUGAUGUGUUUCUAGAAUUUAUAAUCCAUAAAUCUAAAUUCUAGAAGCACACAGCUACUACCAUAGCUCGUAAAAUUUUCAUGCUUCUCUCAGCGAAGCGAACAUCAGAACCGUUACAAUGCACAAAACAGAACUUGUUUUCUUUUUAAAAAAUAAAAUUUCUUCCCGGGUGGCAGUAUUUUUUUAAGCUGCUUGUAUUCCGUUUCUUGCAGAAGCCGGAUACAAUCAGUUUGCUGCAAAUUAAAACUAUUGUGCCCAAAUUUUAGUCUUAAUAAUCCACACGCAACGAAGUUUAUUUUUUUCACAUGUUCAUACGCGUUUUGUGUUGUGUUUACGUAAAGGAAUUUAUUUGUGGAAAAGAGCCAUUUCGAAAACACUCCGGUCCGCUGGAUGGUUGAAAAAUGUUGAGCGGUACGAACAAAAAAAUCAGUAAAAAAACCUAAAAAUACCAUAGAGGAUUCUUUCCGAUAGUAGGCAACUAUUAGGUGUUAGAUUAUUUAGUUUUGAUAAGAUUUUGGCAAAUGAUUGCACUUCGUGAACAUUCACCUAGCAAGGGCGAUCUCUUAUGCAAAGCGAAAUUUAUCGAAACCAACUAUCUAACGUCUUACUCAAACGAAUGAAAAAAACUAGUAGAAAAAAAUGCAAUAAUAAGUACCGCGGCACGCCUUGAGAAAGACACGGGGCCAGCAAAAAAAGAGUUUCAGUGAAUAGGUUUUUCAUUUUUUCUUGAAAAGAUAAUGCUAAGAUAACAAUUACAUAUUACCGCGCCAAUCUAAAGCGAUGAUAAAACAACAUUCAACAGAUUUGUAUGGAAUAAAAACCAAACAGCAAAAACAGUGAAAAACAAAUAGAAAAAAAUCAAUAAAAACUAAAUUUACUACUUCCGGUAGCAAAACGACAAA